UGCCCUUUAAGAAAUGUAGGUGCGUACAGAACGCAAUGCGGAUUGGUUGACAACACCGGAGCCAUCGAGUCACAGGCCAUGAAGUUUCUUCUGUCCCAGAGACGCGAAAUUAAGUCGCUAUACAGCACCCAAAAGCAAAUACUAACAGCAACACAGUGCUAUCCAGGGGGUGGAAACUCUACGAACAACUAUACCAUCGUUUACACCGACCACCAUUGCGCCGUUGUGCUUAUGCCACACUGGAACCAGGCUGCUGUAAACUGUAAAGCUGCUUGCGAAAUGUGGGUAAGAGAAGGCAGUGUGAAUUCCUGGAACAAGACUUGUGACGAUGUGUAUAAAGAACAGUGCGGAAACAGAAAAAUCACCGUCUACAAGAAGGAGCACUGCGAUGCCAUACUCAGCCACUUCGCAACGAAUACAACACACGGACCACAACUAAGAAAUAAAUGUUGAUAUCG